UUGUUAUUUUAAUUAGUGGGGAUGACCUAAAGAGGGAAUGGUUUUCAAACCAUUUUAAACAUUUUUCUUUCUAACGCUAGAUGAGUAGAAGCUUAUUUUGCAGCUCAUUUUGCAUUUGUUGCAGUACUUUGCACAUCUCUAAAACAUUUAUCGGCAGUUGUUGUGAAGACAUUUUUAGUGAUAAAUGACAGUGACUGUGUCAGCAACAAACUCAUUUGUUAGAUUUUUUUAAAAUGUGCUUUUUUCCUACUUCCGGUUUCUAAAUGAGUUUGUAUUUCAAUCUAAGCAUGACUUACGUCUCCUGAUGCUCCAAGUGCGAGUCGACCGAAUUUGCCAAGAAAUUGUUCGAUAUGUAAUAACGGGAACGGGAAACCCAGGAACUGAAGGAUCAAGCCCACGAUUUCCCCUCUACCUCUCUGCUAUGCUGACUCAUGGCGCCAUUGUUGCUCAAGUGACUCGUACAGUCGUACUCUUGCUAAUGGCCUAAUGUCAGGCUGACUUUUCAGCAAAGAGUGGCAGAGAAGAAACUAGAAUCCAAUCAGCUGUAAUGUACUAGACUUGUCUGAUGCUGUGAUUUGAGCAAGGAAAAACUUGUUGAGUCACUUGAGUGAGGGUUUGUAGUUUGGAGGAUAGUGAGCUUGGAUAACGGUGGUUGCAGAGGAAUUUUGUUUUUCAAAAAACCGACUUUCCUUCAAAUGGUUCGAAAUAGAAGAUUAAUUCAUUCACCGAAGAAACGAGUCAAAUGACUCAAAUGUUAAUUGCAACGUCAACCUGCAGGAGGAAGGGCCAGUUUACAUAUCUUUCAUAAUCGAAGGUCACGGAGAUCAUUACGUAAAACGUGUCAUGCAGUGGUGUAGAGGUUGGGUGAGAACGGGAUGUGUUACAUAACCAUUUGGUAUUCAUUUUGAUAUUGGUUGUUGCUGACCCAUCCCCAGCAACGCCCACCUGCAAAAGGAAAGGCCAGUUUGCAUGUGUUUCACUUGAAGGUCACAAAAAAACGUGUCAUGCAGUGGUGUAGAGGUUGGGUGAGAACGACACGUGUUGCUUCAUUAUCAAGCAGGUACUAUAGCCGCAAGGCUCAAGAGGUGAGGGUGAGGAAAAAUCGUAUAAAAGGAGAGAGAAAAGGCGAAGGGAAAUCAGUCGAGUGAGCAUCUCCGACACGGCAACAACUGCAGCACACUUUUUUCAACUACCUUCUUCAUCGCAUAAACGGUUCGCAAUCAUAGUUAGCCAUGGCGUUGUGUUGCUGUUGGGUGUUAGCACGAGUGUUAGUGUGAGCACGAAAGAAAAGGAGACAGCAAAAUUUUGUCGAGCGGUAAUUGAAUUUCGUCAUGGUAAACUAUGCCGUCGUGCUGCAUUGCUGUUCUUGGUUGUUGUGUCGUUGAUCGCUGGGUCUUACACUACAGCUACUGCACUUGCCCUGAAGUAUUAUUCUUCUUCCCCGAGCUAGACUACUAAUAAAGCGCCUGAAUACUACACCGAUGCUCCAAAGUACUACUCUGCUCUCAGCUACACCGAUUCUCCAGCUUAUUACAACACUAAAGUGGUCGAAUACUACACAGAAGUGCCCCAGUACGAUAGAAAGCAGUCGAGUGUUCAUCUCCGACACCCGACACAGCAACAGCUGCAGCGCAAUAUUUGUCACCAACUGUAUUCUUCGUCGUAAUACCGAUUCGUUAACUUACUAUGGCGCCGUGCUGUUUUUGGGAGUUGUGUCGUUGAUGGCUGGGUCGACCACUGGUGUACCGAUGUCUCCUGGUUAUGGUGAGUACCAAACCGUAACGACGCCGCCUUACUACAUAACCAAGUCACAACGAAGGCUCCCAAGUACUACACCACCGAGUUGUCUGCCCCAGCCUACUACACCGACGCGUUCAAGUACUACUCUGUUCCAAGCUACUACCAAACUCAGGCUUCUGUUUCCGACAACAACAUACGAAGGCAGCGGAGUCCUACACCACGAAGGCAGCGGAGUCCUACACCACGAAGGCAGCGGAGUCCUACACCACGAAGGCAGCGGAGUCCUACACCACGAAGGCAGCGGAGUCCUACACCACGAAGGCAGCGGAGUCCUACACCACGAAGGCAGCGGAGUCCUACACCACGAAGGCAGCGGAGUCCUACACCACGAAGGCAGCGGAGUCCUACACCACGAAGGCAGCGGAGUCCUACACCACGAAGGCAGCGGAGUCCUACACCACGAAGGCAGCGGAGUCCUACACCACGAAGGCAGCGGAGUCCUACACAUACCACAGCAGCUGCUAAUUCGUACUUCGUUGAACUGGAAUAAACCGAAGCUCCAAUUUACUACACUACAAUCUACGCUGCUCGCAGGUACUACAUCAAAGCCCCCAAGUACUACAUCGACGAGGCCGUAUAUUGCACUACAACCCACGCUUCCAACCGAGGCUCCCAAGUACUACACCACUACUUACGCUACUCCCACCUACUACAACGAAGCUCAGAAAUCACUACUCUGCCCCGAGUUACUACACCACUAAGACAGCCGAUUAUUACACCACAAACUACGCUUCCGGAUCUUACUACAAGGAAAUUCCAAAAUACUAGAACCAAAAUUUCUAUUUGAUUUUAUUUACAUUUGUCGGUCAACUGGCCAUUGGUCACUGGGAAUUAAUUGUUGAUCUUCAAUGAGAAAAUAAAAAUUUUUAUGCCGG